UCAUUUUUUAGGUAUUUUUUGUACUGAAAUUUAGUAUAAAAUUCUGAUUGUAAGUUGGCAACACUGGGGCGGUCAAAACUAUUUGAAGGCAAAACGUCAAUAGCAUUUCAUCACUAUUGCCUACUGCGCAUGCGUACAGGAUUUUAUACAAUGAAGUUUGACUCUUGUGAACUUGUAUGUCUCAAAGGAACUCACCGUCCCAUUCCUUUGCCACAUAGAGAGACCGUGAUAAUUGGACGAACGAAACAAACUCUUAUAUCCGACGCACGAUGUUCUCGAGAGCAACUGGAAAUUUGUGCAGAUUGGGAAAGUGGAGAAGUUCUAAUAAAACAGAUAGGCAGCAAUAAUUCUGCAGUUGAUGACAAAGAAUUGAAUAAAGGAGAAAUCACUCGAUUGCCUAAUAAUGCAACUCUUUAUAUUCUUACUGGUGAAUAUCCUCAUAUUGUUAAAAUUAAGCAUCACUACACUAAUAAAGUAACAGCUGGAUGUUCAGGCAAAAGGCAGCAUUCAGAUACUGACAAUGAGAAAUCUUCAGUACCAGCAAAAAAACCUAAACAUCACAAAGAAAUCCACAGCAGUAAGGACAAAGAAAGUAUUCCCACAAAAGUAAAAUCUACAAAGUCAAAAGAUCUAGAAAAUAAGCACAGAAGUGAUAAAGUAAAACGUAAAAUCCAAGUUAAUGAGGUGUCAAGUGUGCAGAACAAACCUGAAAAAAACAAACAUGAAUCUGAAUCUCUCCCAGCAAAUUCAGAGUCUUCUGAUAAGACAAAAACCGUCCCUCCUUGUCCAGCAUCCAAGUGGAGCCAAUUCAGUCAGUUAAUGAUAUUUACAAAAAGAGGAACUUACAGCCGAAAUAAGAUUGCUGGUUUUGAUUUAGAUGGAACAAUAAUUCGUACCCAGUCAGGAAAGGUAUUCCCUCAACAUUCCGGAGAUUGGAAAAUAAUCUUUCCACAAGUUAUCAGUAAAUUAAAAGAGUUAUUUCAAAACGGAUACAAAGUUGUUCUCUUCACUAAUCAACAUGGUGUGAAAACUGGUAAUGUAAAAAUGGAAGAAAUGAAAACCAAAAUUGAAAAUAUUGUUAAUAAACUUGAAAUUCCUAUACAGGUCUUUGUUGCAACUGGCACUGGUGUAUUCCGCAAGCCAGUAAAUGGAAUGUGGGUGUAUUUACAAGAUAAGGAAAACGAUAACAUUACGAUUGAUCACAUGAAAAGUUUUUAUGUUGGAGAUGCUGCUGGACGACCUGAUAAUUGGAAGCAUGGGAAAAAGAAAGAUUUUUCUUGUUCUGAUCGAUUGUUUGCCAUUAAUAUCAAUGUAAAGUUUUAUACACCAGAAGAAUAUUUUUUAUCAGCAGAAGUUGCACCUUUCAAUAUGCCUGAUUUUGACCCACGGAGACUUUUGGCAUCCACACCACUCACAAACCCACCUAAACCUUUAACACUCAAAAAGCAAGAGCUUAUUUUAUUGGUGGGAUAUCCUGCAGGUGGAAAAACUACUUUUGUAAAAACACAUCUUGAGCCUGCUCACUAUGUUCAUAUUAAUCGUGACAUACUUGGAAAUUGGAAAAAAUGUGUUGCUUUGUGUCGGCAGAAUUUAGAAAAUGGGAAGAGUGUUGUGGUAGACAACACAAAUCCUGAUAAGGAGUCACGUAAACGGUACAUAGAUGUUGCAAAGCAAUUGUCCAUUCCAUGUCGCUGUUUUCAUUUCGCAGUGUCUCUUAACCAUGCCCGACACAAUGAAAAGUAUCGUGUGAUGAUUUCUAAAAGCAAACCAGUUGCUGAUAUGGUAAUGCAUGCAUAUAGGAAACAUUUAGAAGUGCCUACAAUCAGCGAAGGUUUCCUUGAAAUAUUGAGUAUAAACUUUGUGCCCAAAUUCAGCUCGCCAAUGCAUGAGAAACUUUACACUUCAUUUCUCCUUGACCGAUAUUUUGAAGACAAGAACUGAGAAAUUUUAAGACAUACAGAUGGAUAGAAAGAGAAAGAGAGAGAGAGAGAGAGAGAGAGAGCAGUCAUGAAUGUCUGCCGAUCUCUUGUGAAUAAUCAUUAUAUUUUUCCAUUUCAGUAGUUUAUCAUCAUUACCACAUUUUCAUCAUCAUCAUCAUCAUCAUUAUUAUUAUUAUUAUUAUUAUUAUCAUUAUUAUUAUUAUCAUUAUUAUUAUUAAUGCUGUGAGCUGGCAGAAUGCUUAGCAGCAUUUCAUUUGUCUUUAUGUUUUGUGUUCAGAUUCCAAUGAGGUUGCCUUUGGCUUUCAUCCUUUUCAGGGUUGAUAAAAUAAGUAUCAGCUGAGUACUGGGGACCAAUGUAAUCAACUUAUCCCCUCCCCUGAAAUUACUGGCUUUGAGCCAAAGUUUGAAGCAUCACACAAUUUUUUUCUUUUUUUAUCAUCCAGUGAAGAUACUUCUCUCUUCAAUAAAUCUAAAACUGA